AUGGCACUUCCUAAAAUUCUAUUAACGCGAACGUUACCACCGGAAUCACAACGACUUAUUGAGCAUGCUCAGGACAUCGAGCUUCUUCAUUGGAAGGACGGUGUUAUACCUCGAGACCAGCUGUUGAAAUUAGUACCAGGUGUUAGUGGAAUUCUUUGUACGUUAAUUGAAAAGAUUGAUUCAGAGCUACUAGAUGCAGCUGGUCCAAACUUGAAAGUUGUAUCGACAUUCUCAGUGGGAUAUGAUCAUGUCGAUUUAAGUGAACUUCGUAAGCGCAAAAUACAUUUGGGAUAUACUCCCGAUGUGCUUACAGAUGCAACUGCAGAUAUUACUUCGUUAUUGGUACUGGCUGCGUCACGUAGAAUGCGUGAGGCAAUUCGUGCAGUAGAAGAUGGUGAAUGGAACGUGUGGAGUCCAGUCUGGAUGUUGGGUACUCAAUUAACUGGUAAGACAGUCGGAAUUGUUGGCCUUGGCCGAAUCGGUGUAGCUACUGCACGUCGACUUAAACCUUUUUUGGGCGCAAAUGGAAAAAUAAUCUACUCUGGAAAUUCUGAUAAACCAGUGGCCAUAGAGCUCGGUGCAUCUAGAGUUAAAUUUGAUAUGUUAAUUAGAGAGGCAGAUAUUAUUUGUAUAUGUUGUGCUUUGAACGUGCAAACAAGGGAGAUGUUCAAUUAUGGUGCUUUCAAAGCAAUGAAAAAAAACGUGAUUCUUGUGAAUACUGCACGGGGUGCGAUCAUACAACAAGACGACCUUAUACGUGCUUUGUCAGAAGGCCUAUUAGGUUCUGUAGGACUAGACGUGACAACACCAGAACCAUUAAAGCCCGAUCAUCCUCUGUUGAAAUUUCAAAAUGUAAUUGUACUUCCUCACAUUGGUAGUGCAACGUUGGAAACACGAACAAUGAUGGGAAACCUUGCUGUUGAAAACGUCUUGUCUGGUGUUCGGGGACAAACGAUGCCUAGUUCUGUAGAAUUAUAA